GACGCAGCUUUGUAGCCACUGCCAUGGUGAUUCUUGAAUAAUUUUCCUUCUAUUUCUAACCUCAAAAAGUUCUUAACAUCACGACAUCAACCUUACACCAUCUUUCACAUUUCAGUGACACGUGUGAAAUAGAAUAAAAAUGGAAUACAUUAAUAGUGAUACAGAAAAUACUAUUGGAAAUAUAUUAUGUUGUCAAUGCGGAGUCUCCAUCAAGCCAAACCCCUCAAAUAUGUGUGUGGGUUGUGUGAGAACACAGGUAGACAUAACAGAGAGUAUUCCAAAGCAAGGAACUCUAUAUUUCUGUAGCGGCUGUGAACGUUACCUGCAACCACCUGGUGAAUGGGUCAAAUGUUCUCUCGAGUCAAGAGAGCUACUCGCAUUAUGCCUUCGCAAGAUGAAAGGCCUAAAUAGAGUGAAGCUUGUAGAUGCAGGAUUUGUCUGGACUGAACCUCAUUCAAAGAGAAUAAAGGUGAAGCUAACAGUUCAUGCUGAAGUAUUCGGUGGAACAAUGUUGGAACAGGUAUUCAUUGUCGAGUUCACCGUCAACCAUCAGAUGUGUGACGAUUGCCAUCGCACUGAAGCAAAGGACUAUUGGCGUGCCGUUGUUCAAGUAAGACAGAAAUCUGAAAACAAGAAAACCUUCUACUAUUUGGAACAAUUGAUAUUGAAGUAUCGUGCUCACGACCAGACUCUUGGAAUCAAACCAAUUCAUGAGGGCUUGGACUUCUUCUAUUCGAACAUAUCCCAAGCCAGAAAGUUUGUUGACUUCCUUGUCACAAUGCUGCCCUGCAAGUAUCAGCAAUCUAAGAAACUGUUGUCGCAUGAUAUCCACAGCAACAUCCAUACUUACAAGUUCACUUUCAGUGUGGAAAUCGUUCCAGUUUCAAAAGACAGCGUUGUUUGCUUGCCGAAAAAGCUGACUCAACAACUGGGAGGAAUCAGCCCACUCUGUUUGGUGAAUAGAGUCACAAGUGCUAUCCACCUCAUAGAUCCGGCAUCAGCACAAAUUGCUGAAGUGAGCAGUAAUGUGUACUGGAGAGACCCGUUUACCUCCAUUUGCAAUCCGAAGCAGCUGGUGGAGUAUGUUGUGAUGGAUAUUGAGCCUAUCAAACGCAGUGAUCGGCUAAUAUUCCCUGGACAGGGAUCCGUGUCUCAGAAGCAUGUUUUGGCAGACGUUUGGUUGGUGAAGGAAUCUGAUUUGGGUAUGACUGAGAAUACAAUUCAUAGUCGCACUCAUUUGGGCCACAUCUUGAAGCCUGGAGACUCGGCGCUUGGAUACUGUUUGAGCGACAGCAACAUAAACGAUGAGAACUUUGAAAAGUUGGACGAGGACAAAGUGGCCGACGUGAUUCUGGUGAAGAAGCACUACGGAGAUAAGUCGGCGCGCAGACGUGCUCGCCUCUGGAAGCUCAAACAUCUCGACUUGAACGAAGUCGACUCUAUGAACAAUGACUACAAUGACUUUUUGGAUGACCUUGAAGAAGAUCCAACCUACAGACAGAACGUGAAUAUCUUCAGAGACCCGAAGAAGACGGCAAGUGCUAUUCCAUUGGACUCCGACAACGUGGAUGAUCCUUCGAUACCUCAGAUUACAUUGGAAGAAAUGUUGGACGAUCUCCACAUCGAUGAUGUUGAAAUGGCGGAAGGUGGUGAUGUUGGUGAUGAUGAUGCUGAAUAAAGCUCUUCUAUAAAGUAU